GCGCCGCAGUCGGGCCGGCAGUGUGUCCUGCGCCGCGAGGUGCAGCACGUCGCCUACGCCGCCGACGUCGUUCUCGCCAACAACACCGCCAACGUCGUCCACUCCGCCAACGCCUCCAACACCGCCAACGUCCUCAACGUCGUUCACGCAGUCAUGAGACGCCACCGGCGCCCCGCAGCCAUGCCGCUGUCGUCCCGCUCGGACCAGGACGACGAGGACGAGGACGACGACUCCGUGGCCCUGGUCCUGGACGCCGACCUGAUGGCGCAGCUCAGGACCACGUUCGGCAGCGUGGGGGCUUUCCCGAACAACGCGGGUGCAUCGGCGGUGGUCCGCGUGCCGACCGCGUUCGCGCGCCAGAUGCACUACUACGUCGUGCUGGCGGCGGAGGAGCAGGAGCGGGAGGAGCGCGAGGAACGGGAGCGCGUCGAGCACACCAGGAGGCUGUGCGAGCAAGAUGAGCAGCUGGCUCUGGAGGUGUACGAGCGGGCGCUCGCGGACCUGGAAGAGCAGCGCGGAGAGCUACGCGACCCUACCCCGCCUCGGCCUCAGCAGCCUCAGCCCGUCCCCACUGCUCCGAGCCUCCCGGUCGAGGACUCCGUGGAUGACGUUGACUCGACGGACGUGGACCCCGAACUGCUCGACCUCAUCUUCUCGUCGAAGCGGAUGUCGAAUGAGAAGGACAUCUCCAAGAGGCUGGACUCCCUCUUCGCGGAGCACGACAAGUUCUUCAACGCUAGCGAGGCGGCCGAACGCGACUAUGACAUCGUGGCCCUCGUCCUGGAGGCCAGCCGCUUGAAGGCGAGCGGUCAAGGAGGCAGUGAAUCAAGCGGGCCUGGCGCCGGGGCCAGUGGUUCAAGCGGGUCUGGAGCUGGGGCUAGUGGUUUAAGCGGGUCUGGUGCCGGGGCCAGUGGUUCAAGCGGGUCUGGUGCCGGGGCCAGUGGUUCAAGUCGGCCCGGAUCCGAGGCCAGUGGUUCAAGUCAGCCUGAAGCCGGGGCCAGUGGUUCAAGGGGGCCUGCAGCUGGAGCCAGUGGUUCAAGCGAGUCUGCAGCUGGGCCCAGUGGCUCUAGCAGUUCUGGUGCUGGGGCCAGUGGUUCAAGCUGGCUCACAGCGGGCACGAGUAGAUCGCGGUCGCGGUCGCGCUCGCGCUCGCGCUCCGUGUCGCCGACACAGAGAGAGAACGCGUUCUUGGGCGAGCUCGGCAUCAACCGCCGCAAGUCGCUGGACGAGGACGAGGAGGACGACGAAAAUCCAUGGGACGCCGCCGACCCGAUGGCCGCCUACCAGAGGUACAGGGAGAAGGCCACCAUGUUCCGGGUGCGGCGCGACCAGUUCCGCCAGACUGCGCAAGAAAUGUUCCAGCAAGGCCGCCGCGACGUGGCGGGCUACUACACCUCCAAGUCCUGCGAGUGCAACCGGGACUUCCAGAAGAACAACGCCCUGGCCUCGGCGGCGCUGCUCGCCACCAUGUCCAACACCGACACCCUGGACCUGCACUUCUUCCGGGUGGGCGAGGCGGUGACGGCCUUGGACCUGUUCCUGGACCACCACAUCCGGACCCUGGACGAGGCCGACGAGGAGGGCGAGGGAGUGUGGCUGACCAUCGUGACGGGGCGGGGCGUGCACAGCCUCAACAACAAGCCCGUGCUCAAGCCCGCCGUGCUGAAGAGAGUGAAGCAGCGGAAGCUACGGUUUGCGGAGCCCAAGGGAAACCCUGGCGCCUUACGGGUGUACGUCACCGGGGACUCAGCGCUCAGCCACCAAAUCAAGGAACCGCAGCCGUAGGAGAUGUACCUUAUCACAAUCAUGUUCAUCAAUUUUGAAAUAAACAUUCACGAAAAUGUA